AUGGAGGACGGAAUCCCACAGGUGCGAGGUGGGCAUGCCACACCUCUGCUUCUUGGUGAGAGAUGGGUCGCAACCACCACAAGGAGCAAGCGGCUGCGUUCGCUGUCAAUGCCAGGGCUUGUGGCCAUCAUCUACUACUCCGUAGCUGGAGGGCCCUUUGGAACUGAAGAUGUGAUCUCUGCAGCAGGCCCUCUGCUGGGGCUGCUGGGUUUCCUUCUGAUGCCCGCGGUGUGGUCAGUGCCUGAAGCCCUUGUGGCAGCUGAACUGGCCACGGCCUUCCCCUCUAAUGGGGGCUACGUGACCUGGGUCACCGCUGCCUUUGGACCUUUUUGGGGCUUCAUAGAAGGUUUCCUAUCCUGGAUCUCUGGCGUGAGUGACAACUCCAUCUACCCAGUCCUCUUCUGCGACUACCUGAAGCAUGUGAUCCCCGCCACCGAAGUGGGACUGCCCCGUAUUCAGAAAGGCUGGUGUUGCAUUGCCACUCGUGUCAAAUUUCCCGCAGUCUGCCGUAUUGCUGGCCAUUUUUACUGUGCUGCCCUUCGUGUAUGUUGUCCCAAUCUGUCUACCCAGACUGGAGCUGGCAACUGGGCACACAUCCAGAUGCCUGAUGGCGAAUCUGCUGGUUGUGUCCCUUGGCAGCAUUUGCAUGCGUUUGGUAGGCCCGAACUGCACGAGAUGGAUUGGCAGAAGUAUUUGAUCCUUGACCGCACCACCAGGAACGUGCUGUUCUGGAAUUUGAACUACUGGGAUGCUUUGGAUGCAUUAACGGACAGCGCCUCCACCCUGGCGGGGGAAGUCCUGGAGCCGCGGAGGGUCUUUCCGCAGGCGCUCUUUCUGGCGAUGGUUCUGGUGAUCGCGUCCUAUGUCCUGCCGUUGCUGGUGGGCAUUGGCAUGACGACAGCCAAUGCGAAGUUGGAAUGGAGAAACUGGCGCAGCGGCACCUUAUCCGUGGUGGGUCUGGAGGCUGGUGGUCGAUGGGUCAAAAUCUGGGUAGUGGUGGCCGCUGCUGCCAGCAACAUUGGUCAAUUCACGUGUGAGCAGGCCAUCGGAUGGCGAGAUGGGGGAAGUUUCCCCGCGCUUUGCGCUGCUGCCAAUGCUUUUCAGCUAGAGGGUAUGGCGGACGCUCGUCCUGGUGGCCGUGGUAUGAUGGUCAGGAAUCUGGAUGGCUACCCAAGUGCUUCAUGCAUCGUUCGCGUCAGUGGCCCCUGUGGGGUCAUGGAGGAGCGCAUUGAGCCCGCGGGGCCCAGUUACAGCCCCUUGGUACUGACGGAACUGCCAUUGUUGUUUUUCCAAAGGAUCCUCAGUGCCACGGCCAGCACGACCCCAACAGACAAGACGAGCGCGGAGAAGCGGAGCGUAGAGCCGCCCCCAGGAUGGAUCUUCCCCUUGCAGCCAUUCUGGGUCUUUGGCCACUUCUUUCCAUCUGCAUACCAGCGCCUUGGCUGUGCCCGGGAGGGUUUACAAGGGCUUGAACCUCGGUUGGCAUGUGAAGGAUGCACUGGGGGCCGAAAGAAAGCUGGGGGCCCACGAAUCACAGAAAUCACUGACUUUGGUCACCUUUGA